CAUGGGAAGGAGAUGUGUACUAGGAUUAAAAUAUUGCAGCUAUUUAAACAAUGUCUCAUCUGCGGUUUCAAAACAGAUAGAUUGUUCCUAAGAAAGAGAAAGACAACUGCCGGCGGCGGCUCACCCUGGCCCACAUGGCAACACACUGAUAGUGAAAGUUGGAACCCGGGAACACAGUACACAAACACUAGUGGUUAUACGUAGGCGAAUAUUGCUUUUGGAUAUAUGAAGACUAACGUAUUUGUCAUGUGUUGAGAGAAAUGCUGGAUCGGGAAGCCAGUCUCCCGAGGAACUGAAGACAGCGCAGUCGAGGACAUCAGCUAAAGUCUGUAUAUUUCAGACACCGGCUGACCCUUCUUGCAGCGAGCGGCUCAUUCUCCCAAUCCAGCAGACGACCUACCCGCCCUCUGGCCCCUCGCAAUGGCCCAUGUCCACUACAACGCCUCCCGCGUGCGAGGCCUCUCCGUCAGGGACAUUAGGUUCCCAACGUCACUACAGGCCGACGGAUCUGAUGCCAUCCAUCCGGACCCCGACUACUCGUGUGCGUACGUGAUCGUCUACACGGACACGGACAUCAAGGGCCACGGCAUCUCGUUCACCAUCGGCCGAGGGACGGAGCUCGUAAGGCACACCCCUCCUCUCCUGCAGGUCGGACCCGAGAAGGGCGUGCUUCACCUGGCCGUGGCGGGCAUCGUUAACGCUCUGUGGGACCUGUGGGCACGGCUGCAGAACAAGCCCUUAUGGAAGCUCCUUGUGGACAUGGAGCCGGAGAAGCUCGUCUCGACCAUAGACUUCAGAUACAUAGGCGAUGUGUUGACACGAGACGAGGCAGUGAACAUGCUUAAAGAGAUGGAAGCGGGAAAAGCGAAAAGAGAAGAGACUAUGCUCUCACAAGGCUACCCAGCAUACACCACGGCGGCAGGAUGGCUUGGGUACUCCCGGGAGAAGAUCGAGCGCCUGUGCCGGCAGUACAUGGCGCAGGGCUGGCGACACUUUAAGAUCAAGGUUGGCCAGGACCUGGAGGACGACAAACGCCGCUGCAGGAUCGUUCGGGAGCUCAUCGGCGACGACCGGACGCUGAUGGUGGACGCCAACCAGAAGUGGGACGUGGACCAAGCCAUUGCGUGGAUGCGGGAGCUGGCGCCCUUCAAGCCCAAAUGGAUCGAGGAGCCCACCAGCCCCGACGACGUCCUGGGUCACGCUGCCAUAGCUAAGGCCCUCAAGCCAUUGGGCAUCGGCGUGGCCACGGGGGAGAUGUGCCAGAACCGUGUAGUCUUCAAGCAGCUACUGCAGGCAGGCGCGCUCUCCUACUGCCAGAUCGAUGCCUGCCGGCUGGGAGGAGUGCAGGAGGUGCUGGCCGUGUACCUCAUGGCCAAGAAGUUCAACGUGCCGGUGUGCCCCCACGCGGGCGGUGUGGGCUUGUGCGAGAUGGUGCAGCACCUGCAGAUAUGGGAUUACAUCAGCGUUUCAGGCACAUCUGAAGACCGACUUAUCGAGUAUGUGGACCACUUGAUUGAACAUUUCAAGUUUCCGAGGAAGAUCAAGAACUGCCACUAUACAGCGCCCACUACACCUGGGUACAGCGUGGCCAUGUGGGAGAAGAGCCUGGCCGAGUACGAGUACCCUUACGGCUCGGCUUGGAAGGAGCUGUUCGCCGAUGGCACGUACCAAGACCCGCGCACGGCGCCCCUACCUUGGGUCGAGCACCGAGAGCAAGACACUUGCAUCACAGGGCGAUAGGCGCAGCUGUUGGCGGACGGGCACAGUGCCUCGACGACCGGAUUCGUUUUCGGGCUUUCAGUAGACCUGGGGCCAUUUUUCUAACAUUUCCAUUUCACAUUUCCCAUAAAUGAUUAUUUUGUAAUAUAUAUAUAAAUAUAUAUGUAUAUAUAUAUUCAUAUAUGCAUACAUAUAUAUGUAUAUAUAUAUACAUAUAUUCAUAUAUGCAUGCAUAUAUAUAUAUAUAUAUA